AUGCGAGGUCAUAAAGAUCAAAUUACGGCAAUUCGAUUUCUCUGUAAACCAUUAUCGGGUGGUGUUAUCUCUGAAAACACAACUCAAGAUUACCUUCUUUCAUCUUCAAAAGAUACACUUCUCAAAUUGUGGGAUUUAAGUACUCAACAUUGCAUGGAGACUGUAGUUGCUCAUCGUAGUGAAAUAUGGGAUUUUGAUGUUUCAAAGGAUGAAACUUUAAUUGUGACUGGAAGUUCGGAUCCAGAAAUAAAAUUAUGGACAAUUGAUCACGAUGUAUUAGCUCAAGGACUUGAAUCUGAAAAACGUGUUAUUACACUCAAGUUUCACCCAACAGCCAAUAUAUUAGGUGUCCAAGGUCCUGAGAAAUAUGUAGAAAUUUAUCGUAUUUACUCGUACGAAGAGAUAAAGAAGAAAUUGAUCCGUCGUAAAAAACGGCAGAAAGAAAAGAAGCAAAAGGUUGAUGAUUCUAAUAUGGAUAUUGAUAGUGACUUGGUGGAAAUUAGUGCUAGUGACAUGAUAACACCUUAUCGAAUGGUCCGAACUUCUUCAAAAAUACGGUCUUUCGAUUUUUCCACCAAAGAUGAUAUUACUAAAUCUGGCUCGAUAGAGAUACUUGUGUCUUUGACAAACAAUACACUCGAACUUUACACAAUGGGUCUUCCCAUGAAGAAAAAAGAAAAAUUUCUAGAAACCGCUGAGCCAUCAAAGCUAUAUUCUGUUGACCUUCCCGGCCAUCGUAGUGAUAUCAGAACUUUAGCGCUAAGCUCAGACAAUGAAUUAUUAUGUUCCGCAUCAAGAAGCAAUCUUAAGAUUUGGAAUAUGAGAACUACUUCAUGUCUUCAAACAAUUGAUUGUGGAUACGCAUUAUGUAGUUCGUUCUUACCAAGUGACCGAAAUGUCAUAAUUGGUACAAAAUCUGGGGAUUUGGAACUUUUUGAUCUCGCUUCUUCAUCUCAAACAGAAUCAAUUAAAGCACAUGAUGGUCCAAUAUGGUCUUUACAAGUUCGGCCAGACAAACGUGGAUUGAUGACAGGUAGUACUGACUCUAAUGUAAAAUUUUGGGACUUUGACAUGUCUCAAGAAGACGAUAAUAAAUUAUUAGCCACCGGUUCGGCUGAUAAAAAUAUUAAAAUAUGGGGUCUCGAUUUUGGAGAUUGUCACAAGUCAAUAUUCGCUCAUCAAGAUAGUAUUACGUGUGUUCAAUUUGUUCAGGGUACACAUUAUAUUUUCUCAGCAGGAAAAGAUAAAUUGGUGAAAUAUUGGGACGGUGACAAGUUUGAAAAUAUUACAAAACUUGAAGGACAUCACGGUGAAGUAUGGGCAUUGGCAAUAAGUAGACGAGGUGAUUUACUUGUUUCUGGUUCUCAUGAUAGAUCCAUUAGAGCAUGGGAACAAACUGAUGAAGAGCUUUUUUUGGAAGAAGAGCGAGAGAAAGAGUUGGAGGAAUUAUAUGACUCGACCUUGACAACUUCAAUGGAAAAGGCGACACUUGAAGACAAUGUUGAGUCAACUUCCGCUGGAAAACAAACUAUGGAAACACUCAAGGCUGGAGAACGUAUCAUAGAAGCAUUAGAUAUCGCUGACGAAAAUAAUGCGGCUUGGGAAACUUAUGUUCAGCUUAAAGAGCGAGGACAAAAUCCUGGGCCACCACCUAAACCUAAUCCUAUUUUGGUUGCACUUGGCAAUUUAACUGGGGAUCAAUAUGUUCUCAGAACUAUUGAAAAAAUAAGGUCUUCAGAAUUAGAGGAGGCAUUAUUGGUUUUACCAUUUACUAAAGUGAUUUCUUUAUUCCAAUAUCUGGAUUUGUGGGCUAAAAAGGAUUUGUUGGGAUAUAACUUGGCUGCACUUAAAUAUAUUAAACGUGAUUGGGAAAGCAAUAAUACUGCAGAGUUCUUUGAUGAUAUACCUAAGAACGAAGAAAUGAAUUCUGGGGCUUAUUCGGAACGCUUACGAAGUUGGUGGAGCAAUCUACAGAUUAUUUACGCUGGAGAAGAAUCACGUAAAUUAAUUACGAUUGCCGAUAUUCGUGGACCGAAUAUGUUUUUCGAUACCAUUGCUGAGAAACACGAAGAACGCGAGUCAUACAAAUGGAACCGAGCUCAUCAGGAAGUACCUCGUAAAUUUCUUACCCGUGGACGUAUUGUUGAGUCCGUUCCUGAUUUUGAACGUCUUAUACGACCAUUUUGCGCUACCUGCGAUGAAGU